AUGUUGGGGACCGCACUAUGGGUUAUCUCCAAUACGACGUGUAUCUCUCUCGUCGCCCUGUUAAGCAUCCCGGCAUUUUGGAGCCUUGUCCAACGGGUCCAGCGCAAGGACAGGUACACUCGGUACCUGGGUGCUUUUUAUGAGGAUCAAGAUGGCGAAACCACAAAGGCAUCCCUCCUAAGAGCCUCGUCUUUAUACAGGGUAAAGCUGCACUUUCUGGCCUCCAUGGUUGCAGGAGGAGCAAUAGUAGCUCUCCUUCGAGCACUGGUUUCGCUUUCAGCUGUUAGUGAUGAGCCAGGGUUUGUUCUCGGUAGUUGGCUGCAGACUCUGACAUGGGUUCUUAUCCUAAUCCAAUACCUGUCGCUGAUGAUGGAACCAGUAUGGACAGCACGUUUCACGCUGGGGUGGAAGGGCGCCUUAUCUUGUUGUCUUGUAAUUACGGAAACUGCCCUCCAGAUAUACAACCGGCCCUACAUAGGCAACAUGCAGGCAAUCCUUCUUGGCGUCAAUGUAGGAUUGGCUAUUCUUGUUAUUCCUCUCAGUCUCUCCCUACCACAGCGGCCUGAGGUGCUCUAUCAGGGCCUUCCCGUGGACCGAGAGAAGUCAACUUCCAUCCUUGGGCGCCUGGUGUUUGGCUGGGCCAGCGACAUGAUCACAACGGCUGCGAGAUCAGACGACCGACUUUGUCUAAAUGAUCUACCCCAGUUAGAUCACCAAACCAGGGCAAAGACCCUCCAAGGAGCAUUUGUUCGGAAACUACAGUUCCACAUGACUGAUUCCAAAGAGGCCGACGGAACACGUUUAUGGCGAGUGAUUUUCAGUCUACAUGGUACAUACCUGACCAUUCAAUGGAUCUUCUGUCUACCUUUGGCUCUUCUGAGCUUUUUGCCCCAUAUUGCACUGUUGCGAAUUCUCCGAUUAAUGGAAGAGCGCUCUUUGCCGGACAAAGAAGCAACAAAUACAGCGAGUCUUUGCUUUUGGGUAGUAGGCAUCGGGGCUGCGGUCUUGACCUCGACCUGUCUUGACAAUUGGCUGACCUGGGUCGGGCUCAAUAAAGUCGGCAUCAGGGUUCUCGAAGAACUAACAGCUGCCGUCUUUAACAAGACUCUGCGCCUAAGCAACGCUGCAUCGUCUCCGAUUGAUGAGGUCUCCAUCAACGAUGACCAGUUGAAAUCCGAGAAAGGCCCAGGAGGCGAUAGCGACUGCCGUGGCCAGCUCAAUGCGCAGGGCAUAAUCAACCUUGUGGCAGUCGACGCUAUGCGCAUCAGUUAUGGAAUAUCCAUUGGAUUCUAUAACAUACUAGAGCCCAUGAAAAUUAUCAUUGCUUGUGUAUAUCUGUUGCAAAUCCUUGGGUGGAAGCCACUAGUGACAGGAACUCUAUGCCUGGUUCUGAUCUUCCCCAUGAACUACGUAUGCAUGCAACAGUACACAAAGAUUGGGAAUACAAUCAUGACCCGCCGGGACAGCAAGUUGGCCAUCCUGACAGAAGCCAUACACGGUGUCCGGCAGAUCAAGUUCGCAGCACUGGAACGUGCAUGGGAGGAAAAGAUCAAUACUCUCCGAGACAGAGAGCUGUCUGCUCAGGCCAAGUCUUUUCACUGGAGAGUGCUCAAUGAAUGUCUAUGGCUACUCGGCCCUAUCCUAAUCACAGUUGUAUCACUGUCGACUUACAUCUGGCUGCACGAAGCGUUGCCAGCGCAUGUAGCCUUUACAGCUCUUGCAUUACUUCAUUCUGUUGCAAUCAGCCUGGCGACUGUCCCCACAGUCCUGUCACCUUUUUUGGACGCAGUGGUUAGUGUGCGCAGGGUUAAUGAGUUCUUAUGUUGGGAUGAAAAGUCAUCGAGUGCAAAUGGCUGCUGUGGCAGCAUUCAGUUCGCGAAUGCCUCAAUUGCCUGGUCAGGAAGCCGAAGAAAGACCUGUGCACGCCCAUGGACGCUCCAUGGAGUCACCCUUGAUAUCCCGCAACAUGGCUUGACGCUAGUGUCAGGUCGAACUGGUGCAGGGAAAAGCUUGUUGCUUGCCGCCAUCCUCGGUGAAUGUGAAGUGCAUGCGGGGGUUGUCAGGGUUCCGCGAUCACCGUCCUAUGCGAAGAUAUACGCAGCACCCGAGCGAGAGACGCAGUGGAUCGUUGAUGGGGCUAAGGCAUAUGUUCCGCAGACACCCUGGAUCGAAGCAACAACUGUCAGGAACAAUAUCCUAUUUGGACUACCCAUGAACAUGGAGAGGUACAACAAAGUCCUUUUUGCAUGUGGGCUGAUUCACGACCUGCAUCAUCUCGAGAACGGCGACCAAACAGAGCUUGGGUCCAGGGGUGUCAAUUUGAGCGGUGGCCAGAAAGCACGCAUUGCACUUGCUCGAGCAAUCUAUUCCCGGGCUGAGAUCCUCAUCCUAGAUGAUAUCUUCAGCUCGGUGGACGUUCAUACUUCCCAACAUCUAUUCGCUCAUGCCUUGACCGGAGAGCUCGCCAUGGGGCGAACGCGAAUUCUGGCGACACAUAACGUUGGACUUUGCUUUCCCAAGGCUGACUAUCUCGUGUAUCUAGACAAUGAAUGCUUGCAGUUCGCCGGGCCCCAGUCGGAAGCACACUCGGAGGCCUACGGCGGAUUCAAGUAUACGUCUCAUGCAGAUUCCUGUCAAAAGCCGUCAUUGCCUCCAGUAUUGAACGAGAAUGGUUCUGAUCUCAUCGGAAAGGAAGAUAUCAGAGCCUCGAACGAUUCCCAAGCAGUUCUCACGGGUGGGGAUUUGCAAGCAAACGACCAGCGGAGAACAGUGUUGUUCUCGCAAUAUAUUCGGAACAGCGGAGGCUGGCGUCGUUGGGGCCCUUUGUUUGGGGCCUUUCUGGCAUUCACUGGGCUGAUCCUGGCGCAGCUUCUCUUUGUCAUCUUGCGAGCACCCCUGCAAUGGCUGGACUCUGUUCCAGUUGGCAGUCUCCUGAAUCGAUUCUCAUCUGAUUUCAGUAGAGUUGAUUCUAUGCUUGGGUACAACUUGCACCUGACAUUAGCGGCCGUCGUGGAAUGCACGGGAGUAAUUCUGGCAGGAAUUAUUGCCAGCCCAGCUAUGAUUGUCCUGUCAACAGCUCUACUCGCUUGUUGUAUCUGGUAUGCCCGUCAAUAUCUGGUGGUUGCGCAGCAGAUAAAGGCCAUCGAGGCGUCAUACCGAGGACCAAUAUAUGAGCUCUUCAAUGCCGUAACGACCGGACUCUGGACCAUCCGCGCCUUUGGGAAACACGAAAGCCUACAUUCAUUUGAUGCAGGCGCACAUCGACCGCCACGCUCGGGCAUGGUGGCAUUUGUACCUUCUAAACCGAUGGAUGACCUUUCGGUCUUGGGAGUCCGAACCUACUCCAAUCUCGAUAUGGACAUGAACGCUGUCAAGCAGGUGACCGAAUAUCUGUCUCUCCAGAUGGAAGAUUAUGAUAGAGGCGCGGACGUGUCGCCCUCGUGGCCAUCACACGGUCGACUGGAAAUCCGUGAUCUGAAUGUUCGGUAUGGACCUGGUCUCGCAGCUGUCAUUCAACAAGUCUGUCUCAACAUUGAACCUGGACAAAGCAUCGGGAUUGUUGGACGCACGGGUGCAGGGAAAUCCUCCCUUGUGCUUGCUCUUUUUCGGUUCUUAGAAACCCGGGAAAGGGACGGUCAGAUCCUCAUUGACGGUACCGACAUCUCCUCCAUAAAACUAGAAACCCUGCGCAGUAGACUGGCGAUAAUUCCCCAGAAUCCUGUGUUAUUCGCUGGGACGAUCCGAUCUAAUUUAGACCCGAGGGGCAUACACGACGACCCCGAGCUUCUUCGAGCCCUGGAGUAUGUCUCCUGGACGCCCGCUCUUGACGCAAGGGUAUGCGAAGGCGGCUCAAACUUUUCGGUUGGGCAACGUCAACUUCUGUGUCUCGCCCGCGUGAUGAUCUCGUCGCCGAAGAUCUUGGUGCUGGAUGAAUCUACGUCUGCAGUGGACCGGACGACGGACGAUCUCAUCCAGCGGUCAAUUAGGUCAAAUUUCAGUGGUGAGGCGGCGGCGCCGACGUUGUUGGUCAUUGCCCAUCGUAUCAGCAACGUGGUUGAUUUUGAUAAGAUCCUGGUCCUGGACGCAGGACGGGCCGUAGAGUUUGGCUCCCCUCGUGGGCUGAUGGGCAAAUCGAAUGGGGUGUUUAGAAGCAUGGUGGAAAAGGAUGCGGAUCGAGAAUACCUGCAGGAGACGAUCAAUGCUCAUGGGUAG